CAACUCACGAUCCACGACCUCUUGUCAAAGCAGCUCGACAGGCUAUCGGCGGCACUCUCAGAAUGCGGAGGGAAAAGCAAGAGUGACAAUCAACCUGUUGUGGACAAGGUUGAAUCCACGUGCAUGAAUGUGGACAUGCUUCAGAUCAAGCUGCAUGAGCUGAGAUUGCAGUGCUCCAAGAGGAUUGUAGAGCUCGCUCGGAUCUUCUACGACUGCGUCGAAAGGGCGGUCUCUACUCCCGAGCUCGGAGAGGGUGCACGGCAACUUCUGAGGGACUGGCGGGAGCUCAAGAACCUGGAUCUGCAGUUAAAGAAAGCGGUUGCGGAGGGAAGGAGCCAAAUUACGACUUUGGACAUGAUGGAAGUGUUCGACAGAAUCAGGACGAAUGCACGAAGGGAGUCGUACAGCCUGGAGGACGAGAAUGCCAAGAUGAAGGGAAGGCUGGCGGAGUUCGACAGUAUCUGGGGAGACGACGUGCAAGAGCUCGUGGACGACUAUCGUACCACUCGGGUCGAGGUCGAGGGCUACCGCGUCGCUAUCGCCAAGCAGCGAGCGAGCGGUGACGCACAAGAAUGCCCAGCCGACGUUGCCGGCGCUUCGCUCUGACUACGAAAUGAAUCUAGUGAAGCCCUACAAAGCCUGUACGCCUUUAUCCCUACGAGCUUGUGCAAAUUAUCAAAGAUUAAAGCAAAAAAUGCUAGAAACCAUUAAAGGGGUGAUGCAACAAUAUAAACUUCGAAAUAAUUGGCAGUUUUAAAAUUUUACAUUGUUUAUCUUACCAAAAGGAACGUUAAAACCGCCGAAUUCCUUUGAAAUAUUGAGAUUCCGUAGCGUAAUAGCAAAGAAAAGAACAGAAAUAUUUCGCAAUUCGCAGCCGCACGGUGGUGGCCACGGGAACUAAGGCGCGACUCGCAAUGGGUAUAAUGUAAUCGGUUGGCAAGAUGUGCCAAUAUGUGCUCAAUAUAAUGCUUUAUUUGAUAUAUAUUGUUGUUUCAGCAUGAGUUAAUAAGUCAAAAACCUCAUGUCAUUGACAAAGUUGUACUAUAUUAGUUUUUGGUGGCGCCAUCUGCACAUUCCUCCCUGGAGCCUCGCCUCGUUGUAUUGCUACGUCGGUCGAACUUCCUUUCAAAAAGGCAAGCUCUUUGCUCUUGCCCCCUUCCCCUCUCCAUAUCGCUCAGUCUCGGAGGACCAACUUUCAAGGUCACCAUGUGAAUCUGAAGUAGAGGCCGCGCGUGCUGAAGGCUCUGAAAGAGAUCCCAACCGGAUACUGUCUAUCCCCAUUGCGCGUCGCUGCACACGCGACUCGGAAGGCGUGAGAGUUCAGCAUGGUUCAGAGGCGCCCAAAACGUCGAUUAUUUUACUUUUUUUUUCCCAAAGAACUAACUUGCGUAGGCAAAAUUUAUUUUCAGUUCGUUAAGGGGGGACAUGGGUCUUUGGAGCCAAAAACUUCCUAAAACUGCAUUCCCUUGAAAACGGCGAUGGCUAUCGUUCUUCUGAAUCCACCAAGCUUCUAAUUUUGUGGAUGAAUAUUCGAGCUAUAAAUCAAUUUAUCAUGUCUAUGUGGGCUGAAUGUGCAUUAAAGUUGACUGUAAAACAUUGUUUUCACAUAACACAAUUUUUGGACUCGUUGAAAAUUUGCAAGAGGGAUACAUUAGCAUCUACAGCAGUCAGAAAUAUAACCUUUGUUGAAAUGUGUUGCUAAAUGUGUGAAGCAUACAAUGUUGGGAGGAGAGUUCUUAAUAUAAGUCUAGAAAAUUUCUUAUUUGAUCUUUUGUUUUAUUACUUGUUAGCCAUGCAUUUAGCACUGAACUUCAAUGUGUUGUAAAAUCACUAAUAAUGGGUUUAUCUUAACAUUGUAUUCUUUACACUUCGUAGUAUCUGGCCAUGUGUUAAAAAGGAUAUUUUGUUGAGCAGUUUUUUCCCUAUCAUUCCUCCAAAGGCAGGCAAGUUUUAAUUAUCUUCAGGACAAUUCUACUGAAUGAAGAAAUUACCAGAUAUAUGAAAUCAGUACAAAAAGCUGAACAAGCUUGUGCAGUUUCAUUGAUUUUGGUCAUAAAAUAAAAAAAAAAAAGCUUCAAGACCAGUGUUCCCCCUUAAUACAUACGUGACAGGGAACAACUACCACAAUUAUUCGACCGAAGCCCAAACAUUGUUGCACAGCCGCUUUAAAAACAUCGAAAAUAACAGUAGCCAACAUGUAUGUAGGUCACUCAAUAUUUAAUAUUAAUAAAAUUUGUUUUACCCUACC